UAUUCAUCGGAUAUGUAUAUAUCUAUAUAUGUAUAUAUCCUAAUACGGAAAAUAUAAAUCUACGGAAAGCGAAGGAAAGGAGAGAAAAAAAAGUAAAAACAAACUUAAAUAUAAUAAAUAAAUUGAUAUAGACAAGCACCGCCUCCCGAGCCGUCGCUCUUGCCAUCGUCCUUUUUAAUCAAACUGCAGUUCUUCUUUUGCCUGUGCGUCGUCUUUGCUACUCUGGUUGGUUUGGCUAUUUUAGGUAUAGUUUUUAAGCACAGCAUUAAAACGUCCUUGCACGAAACGCUGAAAACCGCCAUUAAGGAUUACUCCAAUCCCCGUGAAAGAGAAUCGAAGGAAUUGAUAGACGUCAUUCAGGAGACGAUGAAGUGUUGCGGAGCGUCGGGACCGGCUGAUUACGAAGAACAAACGGCUCCUUGCGCCGUCGAAUACCUUCAAGAAGGGUGCACUGACAAGCUUAUAGCAUUCUUAAAUCAACCGCAAAUUAUAUCCUUGAUCCUGGCAACAUGUAGCUCCGUUGCAACCCUUAUGAUAAUCGGAAUGGUUUUUUCCGCUUGGUUAUGCUGCUCUAUUCGACGUUCUUCUCGAGCCUAAGUAAAUUUUUAUUGCUCGAAAGGAAGAAUUCCAAUGGAGGAUAUUACGAAAAGAAGCUUUUUUUGAGCAGGAUUUACUUUAAUUUUCAGGUCAUUUAUAUUUCAUUCAAUGACAUUUUUGUGUGAAAAAAAAUAGUCCCUUUUGAAAUGAGGACAA